CGAUUUUGGGUUACAAGAAGCUAAGGAAAACGUAUGAAUCAAAAAAUGUAUGGAUUAGCAUGAUGUGCAUAGCAAUGUAUCACAAUGUGCUGGAAUUCGUCCAAGACCGUCAUUCUGUUACUUUAUAAAUAAUGGUCUUCGCUACGAGAUAUCGAUUAAUUUAAUAAAACUAUCUGUUCUUUGAAAGUUACGAAAUAAUUAUCCAGAUAAUGUCCCGAAGUUACGGCCGCUAAUAAAUAAUGAACGAUCUCCGGCGCGAUAUAUUUUUAAUCCGGAAACAUAAAUCUUCGCGAAACGUUAUCAAAAAUGCUACGGAAAUGUUCGGGUUCAUUGUUGGCAGGAAUAAAGCAACAAACUGCGAAAUUGGCGGUGCGUGGCGUAAUAAAUUUGUUCAUCAAUUGGCAACAAUAGGGGCGUAUUAUGAUCCAACACGGUUCGCUAUAGCUGUUCAAGAGUGUGACAACAAAAUUUCUGGCAUGCGGUUGAUCACGAUCGCUCGACUUCGAAUAACGCGAUGCACUUUGCAGAAAUGACUUUUUUUUUCUCCCCCCCUCGCGAAUAUUCCAGAGAAGCUGCGAUAUCGUCUAUCGCUAAAACACGAAAGCCAACAAUUAUUCAUGCUUGCAAAUGGAAAUACCCCGGUAAGCACUUUGGGGACGUCUUGUUCCAUUUAUAAACGGUGCAGCACAAGUGUACACGUGCGAGGAGACGAUGCAGGCGAUGCCCGUAGACCCUCGUUUAGCAAACCGACGGUCUCAGUCGUUCCUUAGUUCUCGUGCCGAACAAUAUAACAGACAAAUCCCGCAGGGAACAACAUUGACAUUGUCGAAGUAACCAGUCCUACGAGUCGAUCAUUGACACGAGAGUAUCGUUUCUCUCGUUUAACGUGAAGCGAAGAAAGCCGAGUUCAUUGUCGCAUCCACCUAUCGAGACGAAAAAGUGAUCUAAAUUCGGAAUUAAAAGGAACUCGCGUAUAAAGGCAAGAGCUACGAGAGUGCCGAGAUUAUUUUAUUACGCGGGUGACACCGUGCGAUAAUUCUCUAACGAAAGAGCCACUUGCUUUCUUCGGUCGACGAUACUUUUCCGUCUAUUUGUUGAUAUAAGAUUGUUAUAAAAUGGAACUACUUGUGCCAACUGUGUCCGACGUGAUCUUUAAGUAUACAUGGCCAAUUCCACGUUACAAGAAAUCUAUUUCGAAGAAAACCUUCAUCGACAGCCCUUCGUUUAACACAAAUGUGAAUGAUAUUCAGUGUUCCUGGAAUUUAUCCAUCAGAUUCUGGAAGGAUCCGGACGGUAAAAGAAUAAAGAAUCCUGUAGUCCUAUGUUUGAAUAUGCUAACCUGUAGUAUAAAUGAAGUAGAACAAGCGAAGAUACGAUUUCAAUUUGGAAUCUUCAAUGCUGACUUAAAGAAUUGGGAGUACUGCCAUGUCAGCAGAACUGUACUAGAGUUAAAAUCGUGCACUGACAUUAUUUCUCUGGGAUACAGAGAUUUGUCUAUAGUCGAUAGACAUUUGAACAAAAACGGCGAAGCUCUGGUGAUGGUCAAGAUACAGAUAAUCCAGUGCGAAAGCGAAAAGUACAGUCUGUCACAGGAUAUGGCCAGAUUAUUGAGGCAUCCACAUGGUGCUGAUACUAAAUUAAUUUGUGGAGGUUUGAGCAGCACAGAAAUUCCAGUCCACAGUAACAUAAUAGCUGCACGAAGCAGUGUUUUAGCUGAAAUGAUUUCAUUAUUAGGCGAACCACAAGUAAAGGAGAAUUCAAAUCUGAAUACAGCGGAAGAUAAAAUUUUGAAUUCACAAGAUCCAACAGAAGAAAAGGAGCAAUAUAAAUUUGUCCUAGAACUAUUAGAUUUGUGUAAAGACGUUACAGAAGAACUAUUGCGAUAUAUAUAUACUGAUCACGUUGAUAACUUAGAUAAUUUAGCUCCUCAACUUUUGUCUCUAGCAGAGCGUUUCUCUCUACAAGGAUUGAAAGAACUCUGUGAAAGGAAUCUCAUUGAAUCGAUAAAUCCAGAAAACAUUGCAAGCAGACUACUAGUUGCUGAUGAAUUUCGAUGCGGUGCCCUUAAAAGAGCAAGCUUAACAUAUUGUGAAGAAAAUAUAACUAUACUUAAUAAAAGUUUAGCAUGGAAAAUGAUGGAACAUGUAAACCCAGAACUGUUCAAUGAAGUAUGCGAAGCUAGUAUAGGAAGUUCAAGAUCAAGUAAUAUGGAUGACAGUGAAUUAAGCAAUUAACAUUAUAAAUGCUACGAAUACCUGUAAAUAAUUCUUCACGAUUUUAUAUUUUUAGAAGAAAAGUAUAUAUAUUGUGAAAAUACAUAUUUUGAUAAAUGAUUUGAA